AGUAUAUUGACCAGAAUACAUGAUGUCAAGAAGCAAAUAACCGAUGUAAUAUUUUGUUGUGUGUGUUGAUGCCGACUUUUAUAGUAGUGUUCAAAAAAAUUAUAAUCGAGUUAUACGAUUUAUAUUAUGGCGCCGACUAUUCAUAAUAAUGCAUCUCAAGAAAAAAGACCACCGCGGCCGAUUGAAAAAAGGUCGGAUUUGGUAUGUAAAGUGAAAUAUUGCAAUAUGCUUCCAGACAUACCCUUCGAUUUGAAAUUUCUCUCAUAUCCGUUUAACACAUCAAGAUUCAUACAGUAUAACCCAACGUCUUUAGAAAGAUCAUAUAAGUUUGAAAUCUUAGCGGAUCACGAUUUAGGAGUUGGUAUUGACUUGGUUAAUAAGGAUAUGUAUUCAAUUGACUAUAAUGUACAAAUGGAACCAGCUGAUGAAAAAAUUUUAGAAGAAGACAUUUUAGCACCACAAGACUCUAAGAGAUCUAGACAUCAUGCCAGAAGUGUGUCAUGGUUAAGGCGUACUGAAUAUAUUUCUACUGAACAAACUCGGUUCCAACCUCAGACAAUUGAAAAAGUAGAAGCUAAAGUUGGAUUUAGUAUCAAAAAAAAUUUUAAGGAAGAAACUCUUUAUAUGGAUAGAGACAGUCAGAUGAAAGCAAUUGAAAAAACAUUUGAAGACAAUAAAAAACCUAUUGAAAAACAUUACAGCAAACCAAAUGUUCAUGCUGUUGAGACAUUAAAUGUUUUUCCAGAUUUUAAGAAUUGGAGAUAUCCAUGUGCUCAAGUUAUUUUUGACUCUGAUCCGGCUCCAAUGGGUCGACCAGUACCAGCACAAAUAGAAGAAAUGUCUCAAGCUAUGAUUAGGGGUGUAAUGGAUGAGAGUGGCGAACAGUUUGUGGCUUACUUUUUACCAUCUGAAGAAACAAUUGUUAAACGACGUGAAGAUGCUGUUGAUAACCGUCCAUAUGAUGAUGACUAUGAAUAUGAGUAUAAAAUGGCAAGAGAAUACAAUUGGAAUGUUAAAAGUAAAAGUAGUAAGGGUUAUGAAGAAAAUUAUUUCCUAAUUGUACGACCUGAUGGAGUAUUUUACAAUGAAUUAGAAACAAGGGUACGCUUAAGUAAAAGACGACAAAAAAUUGGUGUUCAAAGCAGUAGUACUAAUACAAGAUUAAUUGUAAGACAUGUCCCAAUAAAUGAACAAGAAUUCAGUGUUCACAAAUUUAGAGAAAAACAAUUACAACCAUAUGAUGAAGAAGAAGAGGCUAAAGCUGAAGAAGCUGCUAAAAAAGCAAUGAAUGCUGCUAAAGAAAGUGCAAAAGAAAUGGCUACUAAAAAUAAAAAUGACAGUGAUGAUGAUUCCAAAAAAGAAGAUUACAAUAAGAAUAAUGUUGGUUCUGAUAGCAAUGCUUCUGAUGAUGAUGAUGAACAAGAUUCAAUGACUACUAAAAAACGAACCAUUAGUGAAACAGUAGAUGAUAGUGAUCAUAGUAAAAGUAAAGUACAUGCAGAUUCUGAUAGCAAUGACGAAGAAAGUAAUGACAGUGAUGAUAAUCUUAAGACUUUGGAUAAUAAAGGUCAAUGUAGUGGUAGUGAAGCAAAUUCAGAUAGUAGUACUGCAUCUAGUGUUAAAAAAUCUAGUAAUCAAAAAGAUCAUCAUACUCCUAUUAAAGAUAGCUCUGGAAGUGAUGAUAGUGAUAAAUCUGAUGAUGAAACAAAGAAUAAGAAUUUAUCUCAUAGUGGAGACAGUGAAGAAGAAAAUAUUUCUAAACGAGCAACAGUUGAAAAUGGAUCAGACAGUGAAACUGAAGUGAGAAGUAAAAGGAGCUCAGAACGUGCAGCUAGUGUUAAUUCAGAUUCUUCUUCAAUCACUAGUAGUGAUCAAGAAAGUGAUUAAGUCGUUUUCCUUUUCCAAGUCAUGGGGUGGAAAAAUAAAAUUAAUAGAAAUUUAAAAAAAUGUUGAACCAUAAUUUUUUAUGAAAUUAAAUUAUAGAUAAA